CAAGACGCAAACUCUCGAUCGCUCUCUCUCUCUCGCCGGAGCCGGAGGGUCGCCCUGAGAUCGGCUUCGCUGAAUUCCACGCAGUGGUAGGAGCGGCAACUGAAGCAGAAAUGGGGAUCAUCGAAAAGAUUAAGGAGAUCGAGGCCGAGAUGGCUCGGACUCAGAAGAAUAAAGCUACAGAGUAUCAUCUUGGUCAGCUCAAGGCAAAGAUUGCAAAGCUUAGGACACAGUUGUUGGAGCCUCCCAAAGGUUCUAGUGGAGGUGGGGAAGGUUUUGAAGUUACAAAGUAUGGUCAUGGACGUGUUGCACUAAUAGGCUUUCCAAGUGUUGGAAAAUCCACGCUUUUGACCAUGUUAACUGGCACACAUUCUGAAGCAGCAUCGUAUGAGUUUACAACACUUACAUGCAUCCCCGGAGUAAUUCACUACAAUGACACAAAAAUCCAGCUGCUCGAUCUUCCUGGAAUUAUUGAAGGUGCUUCAGAAGGAAAAGGGCGUGGGAGGCAGGUUAUUGCUGUUGCAAAGUCUUCUGAUCUUGUGUUGAUGGUUCUUGAUGCCUCAAAAAGUGAAGGCCACAGGCAAAUAUUGACCAAGGAACUUGAAGCAGUGGGUUUGCGUCUAAACAAAAGACCUCCACAGAUAUACUUCAAGAAGAAAAAGACGGGGGGAAUUUCUUUCAACAGCACGAUGCCCUUGACUCACAUUGAUGAGAAGCUUUGUUAUCAAAUUUUGCAUGAAUACAAAAUUCAUAAUGCUGAGGUGCUAUUUCGUGAGGAUGCUACAGUGGAUGACCUUAUUGAUGUCAUUGAGGGCAACCGGAAAUAUAUCAAAUGUGUAUACGUAUAUAACAAAAUUGAUGUUAUUGGGAUUGAUGAUGUGGAUAGGCUAGCACGGCAGCCAAACUCCAUUGUUAUCAGCUGCAAUCUGAAGCUGAACUUAGACAGACUACUUGCAAGAAUGUGGGAUGAGAUGGGACUUGUGAGAGUUUACUCGAAGCCUCAAGGCCAGCAACCUGAUUUCGAAGAGCCCUUUGUCCUCUCAGCUGAUAGAGGUGGCUGCACGGUUGAAGAUUUCUGUGAUCAUGUCCACAGAACUCUGGUGAAGGAUAUGAAGUAUGCACUGGUUUGGGGCACUAGUGCAAGGCAUUACCCUCAGCAUUGUGGUCUCUCUCAACGUCUUCAAGAUGAAGAUGUUGUUCAGAUCGUCAAGAAAAAGGAGAAAGAGGAAGGAGGCAGAGGUCGAUUCAAAUCACAUUCAACAGCUCCCGCAAGAAUCUCGGACCGAGAGAAGAAAGCUCCUCUUAAGACAUAAGAAAACACAAGUGAGUUCAUCACAGCACCUGGUUCGAUUUUCGGUGUUGUCGUUGUAGUUUUUCGACUCAUUUUUUUAUGAGUUGAAUCCAUAUAUAUACUCGAUCGAGUCUCCACAUUAUGUUCUACUAGUAGAAUUUCUAUUUGCAUUUGGAUUUAAGUUUUAAUAUGGAAUGAAUCCGAGAGUGAUCUUUUGCCCUGAAAUAUACAAUCAUUCUGAUGA